CGAUAGCGAGAUGCUGGGUUCGAAUCCAGGUUCUUCGGAGUACAACAAUUUGAGUGGGAUGAACUACAUGCGAAGUUGUACUCGAACGUCAUCAGUUCAUAGACCUAGUUCUUUAAGGCUACUUGAAAAGUAAGUAUCCCAGGUGGAGUACUUCUAUGUAUGCUGAGUGCGUGAUUGAAGUCCUCCUCGAUCCCGGACAUGGCAAGCACUCAAUAAUUACCAGGGAUAGUGAAAAACUAGCGUUAAGUACUGUUUUUAACCGUGGAGCUGGAGGUGCGUCGACGCCGUUACGUCGUUUGACGGAUAUUACGACAAGACGAUCCUCAAUUUUUGAUGCUGAAGCGGGCCCUCUUGUGGGGUCCUAUUCACCAGACAUGAAAUGCUGCGGAGGUGGUAGGGCUAGUCACGUACUAGAGGCUACAACUAAUUCUGAAGCUGCUUUUCAGCGAGGACAAACGACUUCGAUGGUUUUGGCAGAUUCAGCUACAACAGAUGGAGGAACAAUUGGAGGCACAGCUUCAACUUCUCGCAAGAACUCUCUUCGUCUGCGAGUGUCCUCGGCUUACAACAAUAUAGAGGAAAGCUCGACGACGUCAUGGCCAGUUUACUCAACCGCGAGAACGUUGGCGGACACGCGUGGAGGUGCUACUGGCUGGAAAUACAGAGCACGAAUGUCCAACCUCUACACGGAGGGGCCUAAAUUACAUCUAUACCGCUCGUUGAGAACUCAGCUGAGACGCGCCAACGGCACAACUGGCACAAGAACUACAACUAAUCCAACUACCGGAGCAGGAAAUGGCGCUAGUAUUAAGGGUUACCACAUUACGCUCUUCCCUAGCGUGCUGGAUUUGUUUCUUUCCCAAAACAUCCCGGAAAGAAGUCCGGGAUGUUUUGAAGAGUGCAAUGCUGCGACCUCGUCUAAUAGUAGAAGAAGAAGUUGUGCGGGCCGUGGGACGGAUCAUCCCAGCAGUUCUAG